AUGCUGAUGGUACAGACUAACGCCCACCCCAUGAAGACCACAAAAAUAAAGGGACCUCCACCUGUACCACCGCGGCCUAGUCAAAGCAUGGUGGCCGAAGCACUCGCUAAGACAAGGAAAGCUGUAGCGGAUUCGAAAGCCACCUUGACUAAGACGAGAACGUUUACUAAGAAUGAAAUUAAUCAUGUUUCGUCGAAGGCUAAAACUUUGGACAGAAACUCUACACCGAGCAAGCCCACCGUAUCGCCGCGACAAAACGGUCUUGCGCGCGUCAAGUCAUUUAUCAAAGACGUUAUUAGUGAUCGAAGCUCUUCGUCUGAUGAGAGGAAAUCCAGUGGUCAGAACUCCAGGCGUAGCUCUAGUGACAGCAAUUCCAUUCAUUCUCCGACAUCGAAUAAGUCUAAUGAAUCAUUGAACUCUAAAGCCGUUAAAACAUGUAGACAAAUAUUAGUGCGGUCGCUUUCAACUUCUAAUAAGUUAGAUCAAGAUUCUAAGUGUAAAGUGUCCAAAUCAUCUAGUUUUGCAGAGAAAACUUUACCUUUACGUAAAGCUCCGCCGCCCCCUUUAUCUCCCAAACCUAAGUUGAAGCCUAUAAAACCUGUGCCGCCUCCUUUACACAGAAGUAUAGAACGUAAUAAACCUUUAAAGGAACCGGAUAUUGGUAUAUAUACUCUGCCAGUGGAUGCUAAGACUCCACCGAGUCCUAAUAUAGAUGCAUGUUACGCUACAGUAGAUGAGAGUUCGAAUGUCAACGAUAGAUUACAAAACAAUUCACCAAAAGAAGUCAAUAUCCUAUCAGAUUCGUUAAAUAAUACCGAAGAACUCGUACAGGACGAGACUUUAAAUAAAAAUAACAAUUCCUUAGAAAGGAAAACUUCCCGAGUAACUGAAAUGCUUAUUUCGGAAAUUCUCGCGAGUAGAAACAAUAACAAAGACGAGGCCAACGCAGUUAUAGAUAAAGGGAAGGAUUCUACUAAUGUAUCUAACGAUAAUGAGUUGUCUGAUAUUGAAAAGAUGAAGGACAUGAAUAACCAUGAAAUGUUAAUAUAUGAGUUGCAAACAAUGAGAUCGCAAUCAAAUGUCCCCGAAUGCUUAGACGCAAAGGAUAAUUACGAUAUGCAAUGUGAUUCAGAUUCUGAACACAAUUACGCAAUGUCGUCGGUAGCGAGUGAGAAUAUUGAAGAUGAUCAGGCUUAUGCGUAUAUACAAGAUGAUGAUCUUAAGUCUAGACUACGUAAGCAGUUUCGAGCGAUCAGUACGAUGUCGCUACAAGGGCUGCCGCCGUUGCCAAAAAGUCUAAGCGGUUUCGCUGACGGCGAGCCGGACCUAACGGAACCCCCCGCGCCGGCCCCCUCGGAAGACAGCCCCCCAACGGAUCUUGACUCCCAGUUGGUCUAUUUGAAAAAGGAAAUGAUCCGCUCUCUACAAUAUGGUUUCAUAGGAACUUGUGUGAUCAACAUUGUAUCCUCUUACGUCUGCAAAGUAUGGCGUCUAAACUCUCUGCAAAUUAUGUCCGAAGUGGAAGAAAUAAUAGCCCCGUAUCGUAAUACAUUUAGUAGUAACGAGUAUCCUCCG